UCCUCCCGCUCCUCCGCAGUUUGCAGUGAUGUCUCAGACUCGGAGGUAGAGAGUCAGAGCUGCUCGUCCGGCGGAUCUUCACCUCUGAAUCAGACCCCCGGUGUCUCCUAUCAUCCUCCCCCUCUCUUCUCCUCUCACCUCCCGGCUCUGCUGCUCUCCGGAGCCCUGGAAGCUUCUCUCUUCUUCUCCAUCCUCCUCCUUCCGCUUGAAUCGGAACAACAGUUUGUUCAGAGGGAUUUAGUUUUCUGCUCAACACUUCGCUACUGCCGCUUAUUCUCGGAUUUGCUCAGAAGUGAAAGAAGCAAAGAAUCGGCGCGGUGGAUCCGCGGAAGCUCCUCUGGGGCUCGAACUGGAGAUGGAGAUGCUGAUAUUAAUGUUUCACUCCCUGUGGAUAUUGGGAUGCAACACCGUGAGCGCCGACUCCAUCAUCCACAUCGGUGCGAUAUUUGAAGAGAACGCGGUGCGAGACGAUGAGGUGUUUCAGCUGGCCGUGUCAGACCUCAGUCUGAGCGACGACAUCCUCCACAGCGAGAAGAUCACUCAUUCCAUCAAACUCAUUGAGCCCAACAACCCUUUCCAGGCGGUGCAGGAAGCCUGUGAGCUGAUGAACCAGGGCAUCCUGGCGUUGGUCACCUCCACAGGCUGCGCCUCGGCCAGCGCCCUGCAGUCCCUGACGGACGCCAUGCACAUCCCCCACCUGUACAUCCAGAGGAACGGUGACGGCUCUCCCAGGACGGCCUGCCAGUUCAACCCCAGCCCCGGAGGGCAGCGCUACACGCUGGCAGCCCGGCCGCCCGUACGCCUCAACAAUGUGAUGCUGACGCUGGUGGAGGAGCUGCGCUGGCAGAAGUUCAUCGUCUUCUACGACGUGGAGUACGACAUCCGCGGCCUGCAGGGCUUCCUGGACCAGACGUCCCGUCAGGGUGUGGAUGUGGCGCUGCAGAGGGUGGACAGGAACAUCAGCAAGGUCUUCACCAACCUGUUCACCACCAUGAGGACUGAGGAGCUGAACCGCUACCGGGACACGCUACGCAGAGCCAUCCUCCUGCUCAGCCCACAGGGGGCGCACAUGUUCAUCCAACAGGCUGUGGAAACAAACUUGGCCUCCAAGGACAGCCACUGGGUCUUUGUGAAUGAGGAAAUCAGCGACACUGAGAUCCUGGAGCUGACCCACAGCGCUCUGGGCCGCAUGACUGUGAUCCGGCAGAUCUUCCCGCUCUGGAGGGACAGCAGCACUCGGUGCAUGAGGCAGAACCACCGGGUCUCCUCACUGCUCUGCGACCCACAGGAAGGAUACCUGCAGAACCUGGAGGUGUCCAACCUCUACCUGUAUGACAGCGUGUUGAUGCUGGCCAACGCUUUCUACAGGAAGCUGGAGGACAGGAAGUGGCACAGCAUGGCAAGCCUGAACUGCAUCAGAAAGUCCACCAAGCCAUGGAACGGAGGCUGGUCGAUGCUGGAGACCAUCCAGAAGGGAAACAUCACAGGUCUGACAGGAACAAUGGACUUUAAGGAUAGCGGCUCAAACUCCCACGUCCAGUUUGAGAUCAUCGGCUCCAGCUUCAGCGAAACCUUCGGCAAAGACAUCAAAAGGCUGGCGACAUGGGACUCAGUUCACGGACUAAACGGGAGUCUGAAGGAGAGUCGGAUAGAGAGCGGGAUGCAGGGGCUGACGGUCAAAGUGGUCACACUGCUGGAGGAUCCUUUCGUCAUGGUGGCAGAGAACAUCCUCGGGCAGCCCAAGAGAUAUAAAGGAUUCUCAAUUGACGUGCUGGAUGCCCUCGCUAAGAUCCUGGGCUUUAAAUAUGAGAUCUAUCAGGUUGCAGACAGCAAAUACGGCUCUCAGCUUCCCAAUGGCUCCUGGAACGGGAUGAUCGGAGAUCUCAUCAACAAGAGAGCCGACCUGGCGGUGUCAGCCAUCACCAUCACACCAGAGAGGGAAAACGUGGUCGACUUCAGCAAGCGUUACCUUGACUACAGCGUUGGCAUCCUUCUGCGAAAGCCUGAGGAGAAGAUCAACAUCUUCUCCCUGUUCGCCCCCUUCGACCUGGCAGUAUGGGCCUGCAUUGCUGCUGCCAUCCCAGUAGUGGGAGUCCUCAUCUUCCUGCUCAACAGGCUGCAGGCUCUGCGCUCCUCUUCCUCCCAGAAUGCACCACCAGGCCAUCUUACUAAUGAAGUGGGGUCCGGCACGCUGCACAGCGCCAUCUGGAUCGUUUAUGGAGCGUUCGUUCAGCAAGGAGGUGACAGCGUGGUUGGCUCGGUGGCUCUGAGGAUCGUCAUGGGCAGCUGGUGGCUCUUCACGCUCAUCGUGUGUUCAUCGUAUACGGCCAACUUGGCAGCAUACCUCACGGUUUCACGCAUGGACCAUGCCAUACGGUCCUUCCAGGACUUGGCGAGGCAGAUUGAGGUGGACUAUGGCACAGUAAGAGACUCUGCUGUCUACGACUACUUCAGGAACAAAGGCACCAACCCUCUGGAGCAGGACAGCACGUACGCAGAGCUGUGGAGAACCAUCAGCAAGAAUGACGGCUUGGACUACUCUGUGUCCAGCCCCUCCGAAGGCAUCCGCAAGGCAAAGAAGAGCCCCUACGCCUUCCUGUGGGACAUGGCAGUGCUGGAGUAUGCAGCGUUGACAGACGAUGACUGUGCUGUCACCGUGUCAGGAAACAGCAUGAGCAGCAAAGGCUACGGCAUCGCCAUGCAGCACGGCAGCCCCUACAGAGACCUCUUCUCUCAGAAGAUCCUGGAGCUGCAGGAGAGAGGCGACCUGGACAUCAUGAAGCAGAAGUGGUGGCCUCGUACGGGACGCUGUGACCUCAGCAGCCAUGCCAGCGCCCAUCCUGACGGCCGCUCCCUCAAGCUGCACAGCUUUGCUGGCAUCUUCUGCAUCCUGGCCGCCGGCCUCCUGCUGGCCUGCAUGGUGGCCGGCCUGGAAGCGUGGUGGAACAGCAACCGCUGUGGGCAGGAGCAGCCCAAAGAGGUCACUAAGGAUUACAGACUGGCAAGGGUUUCUGGUCCAUUGACAUAUAAUGACAUUACAACUGCUUCAUCGGAAGGGAGGAGGGACAUUUGGACAGACAGAGAGAGAGGCUGGGAUGAAGCAGAAGCAAUUGAUACAGGACAAGGAGGUGAAUCUGGAACAGGUGCAUCGCCGUAUGAACAGUCUUUUGGACGAGGACUUGGCCCACAAGCAGAUCCCCGGACCCUCUAUCGAGAUCUCUGCGCUGGACAUCGGCAGCGUGCAGCCCAGCCAGGGCUCUCUGGUUCCGGGCCCGGAAUACCCGCCAUCGGGUCUCACUGUGACCACCUACCUGCCCCGGGAGGGACCCCCACCUCCCCCUCUUCCCCAUCCUCACCAUGGGGGGACCCUAGGCAGGACGCUGCCCCAAUCCCAGGGCCCUGGGUUGCCCCCCCACCACCCUCUCAGCAGCACCAGCCUCAGCGGCACCAUGCAGUGCAAACACCGGGCUCCCAACGGGGGGCUCUUCCGGCAGAGCCCUGGCAAGACACCCAUGCCAAUAUCCUACCAGGCAGUCUCCGCAGGACCCAUACCCGAAGCCAUUGAUCCCUCCCACAGUACAUCCAUAUAGAGACAGGAUGGGAGGGGGAGGCAGGAGGGGGCGGGGCAGGGAGGGGAGGAGAACUACAUCUGGGCCGGCAUGUGAGGUGGGCUGGGGGGCUUCAGGAGGGACACAAAUGUACAAAUUGAAAACAUUUUUUUAUCCAACUGUGAGCUCAGAAAAGCUGUUUCAAAGAAAAUAAACUGGGGGGGGGGGGGGGGGGGGGUGUACAUGUUCCUGUACAUAUCUGUAAAUAUCCAGAUGAGUGAGUUCAAAGUGUAUUUUGAAUAUUCUCAAUUUUGAAUUUUGAAGUUGAGUUAUAAAAAACAAAAAGAUAAAAAUCUACAUGAAACAUUC